AUGGUGCGGCGCCGCUCUUCUGGUGCUGUGAAUGCUCUUAGCCCAGAUGCGACCAGAGACCCUACUGCGCCGGACGUGGAGGCACUGGAAGGCUAUCAAACCGCGGAAGAGUCAAGGCCGUUGUAUGAGCCGCAACCUCCGCCGCUGAACUACAGUCUGUGGGAUCGGAGAUGGUUCAUCGCCUUCUUCUGGAGCAUGAUUUUGAUCGACUGCAUUGCUGCACCGAUUGUGCUGUAUUUCUGUCUGUGGUAUCUGACAGAUCUCUCUCCCAACGCCGUCUUCUCCAUCGUGACGGCAGCCCUAGGAGGUGUCAGUAUUUUCGAGUACUUUAUCCGGUUCUGGAGGCUGUGGAAAAAGAGCAGCACGUGUAGAGUGCUGGGAGCGAGGAGAAAGUAUCUCGACUGGUUUCACUGGAACUUUACUCUUGGAUGGGUCAUCAUCAUGGUGGAACUGAUUGUCGGCACCGUGCCCGAAAAUCCUCCUAUCCGCCUCCUGGCCAUGCCUCUCACUUCCAUGAUGUGGGUCUUUGGCACCGAACUUCUCGUCGUCGACAUCAUGCGCUACUUUGAAAUCCCGGCCCCAGUGCGAAUAUCCUCGAUUCCCAAAGGCGCUCAACUCCGACCAGCAAUCUACAGUAUGAUAGAAGAUGUGGUUGCCGUAGACGGAAGUGGAGGAACAGAAUACCGUGAAGCGCUCAACCGACGCUAUGAAGCAUCACAUGUCUUCCGAUCUCUUCUCCGGAGGCUUGGUGUCUUCUGGGCAGUCGGAGCUGAAGGCAUGGCCGUGGUCACAACCGUAUUGGUCUUCACCAUAGGGCCGGACGCCGCAUACGUCGUGGGCUGGAGUGCGCCUUUCGUGUGGGCGGGUAUCUGGACGGUGUUGACCUUUAUGUAUGCGAAGCACAUGCUCAAGAAGGAGCAGCUGGCGUGGACGGCGGAGUUGCAAGAAAAGCAGGGCGCUAUGAUGAUGACGGGAUUGAGUGAUCGUGGAAGUGAAAUCAAGGCUGAAGAGGAGGGACGACCAAGAAACGAGAUUGAGAAUGGCGCACUGCUGCCAGGUGGCCGUGACCAUGCCCUGCAGCCGAUACCUUCAGCCAUGGAAAUUCCGACCUUGCACGACACGCAGCCAGACGCUGCGCCUGACACCUCGCGGGGGAGAUCAUUUGAUAUGGAUGCGCCAGGGGCGACUGCAGCGACAGAAGAACAGGCCACGAAGUCGUAG